CGAGUAAGGGUUGCGACCGGAAGUGAUCUAAUCCAGACCCGUUUCAGGAGGCCCGAAAGAAUCGGGGAAUUUCUAUGGAAGAGAUGUCAGGAGAAAGUGUGGUGAGCUCGGCUGUGCCGGCAGCUACAACACGGACCACCUCUUUUAAGGGGUCCAGUCCCAGUUCCAAAUAUGUGAAGCUGAAUGUCGGUGGAGCGCUGUAUUACACCACCAUGCAGACCCUGACCAAGCAGGACACCAUGCUAAAGGCCAUGUUCAGUGGCCGUAUGGAGGUCCUUACUGAUAGUGAAGGCUGGAUUCUGAUUGACAGGUGUGGGAAGCACUUUGGGACCAUCCUGAAUUACCUGAGAGAUGGAGUCGUCCCAUUACCCGAGAGCCGGAGGGAAACUGAGGAGUUGCUGGCAGAGGCAAAGUAUUACCUGGUACAGGGCCUGGUAGAUGAGUGUCAAGCAGCAUUGCAGAACAAAGAUGCGUAUGAGCCAUUCUGUAAAGUUCCCCUGGUGACAUCAUCUAAGGAAGAACAGAGGCUCAUUGCCACUGCUAAUAAGCCUACAGUCAAGCUGCUGUAUAACAGAAGCAACAAUAAAUAUUCAUAUACAAGCAAUUCUGAUGACAACAUGCUGAAGAAUAUCGAGCUGUUUGACAAACUGUCUCUGAGGUUCAACGGCCGUGUGCUCUUCAUCAAGGAUGUGAUUGGUGAUGAGAUUUGUUGUUGGUCGUUCUAUGGCCAGGGAAGAAAAAUUGCAGAGGUUUGCUGCACGUCAAUAGUCUAUGCUACUGAAAAGAAGCAGACAAAGGUUGAAUUCCCAGAGGCUCGCAUUUACGAAGAGACCCUCAACAUCUUGCUGUAUGAGUCUCAAGAUGGACGCGGACCAGACAAUGCACUGCUGGAGGCCACAGGGGGCGCUGCAGGUCGAUCCCACCACAUCGAUGAGGAUGAAGAGAGAGAGCGCCAUGACCGAGUGCGGAGGAUCCAUAUCAAGCGGCCUGAUGACCGUACCCACCACCACCAGUGACCCUGCCAUUUCUCAGCUUUUUCAGUGCCUUAUCUACUACCAGCGCUUCAGUUAUGCCCCUGGAUUUGCACACGGACACAGUCAGUUUUGUUUAUACCUAGUCUGCUUACUUAGAGAGAUUAAGGGAUAUUUACAGAAUAGCUAGUACUAUUUAUAAUGCUGAAUGAUCAUAGCAUACAGGGCAGUGCGGCAUCAACGUCACACAUCAGUUGUGCAUUUUUGAGGACCUCUUUAAAAAGAUAUGACAUGGUGUUAAUGUGAACAAAAGUGCAUAACGGAUGGUUCGGUUUACUGGAUGACAUUCCCUGAGCAUUUUGCCCUAACUGCACAUUCAUGAAGCAAAUUCCAAAGUCAAGUCCAUCAGCUGAACGUGUAGAUUUGCAGAAAUGAAUAUUAGAAUAGAGUUCUCAGCCCUGGUAUGUUUAUUUAGCAAUAAUUGACCUUUUGUUCUGUCUGAGUGAAGUCUGUAGGGUUCCUGGUGCCUUAUAGGUUAACACUGUGCUUUUUGAGUGUUUUUGUUUUGCAUAUUGCGUGAUGGUAAUUUAAUUUGAGACUUCUUUUUUUCUAAGUUCCUCCCUAGUUUAUUGUUAGCGUUGUCUCUUGAAUUGAAGGGUUGAAGCCAGUUUUACAGAGCUGGUAGUGUCUUGCUGAGUUUUGUUUUGAGUUUAAGCUGUUUUAAAAAUGUGGUCUGACAGACCAGCGAUCAUUGAAUUUAGUGAAGGAGGAUGCCAUUGCCUUAUAAGAAGAAUACAAGUGUUUUUGGGGGGCAUUCAACCAAAAUGUAACAUUUUCUGUCAAUUUACUCACAAUUAGGACGUCUAAGUUGUAAGGGACUUCUUUAAUUCAACAGUUUUGAUAGUUCAUAUUACUUUUGAGCCACCAAGGACCAGUUUUAGCAAAAAUCUAAUAGUUAAAAAAGAGGCUAAACAAAAAUGCGUUUAACCAAAAUUGAACAUUUUCUGUUAAUGUACUCCCCAUUAGGCUGUCUAAAUUGUAGGGGACUUAUUUCAUUUAACAUUUUUGAGAUUUAUAUUAUUUUUGAGUCACCAAGGACCAGUUUUAACAACAAAUCUAAUGUUGUUGCUAAAACUGGUCCUUGGUAACUCAAAAGUAAUAUGAAUCUCAAAAAUGUUGAAUUAAAAAAGGCCCCUACAAUAAUAGUCUAGGCUAAUAGUCGAAAAAGAGGCAAAACAAAAAUGCAUUCAGCCAAAAUUGAGCAUUUUCUGUAAUUUAAUUCUGGACUUUUUUAUUUCAACAUUCUUGAGAUUCAUAUUACUUCUGAGUCCCUAAAAAACUAUCAUUCACAUUUCAUAUCAUUUACUUAACCUUUAGUUUCCACAAAUGUGUUUCUUCCUUUUUUUUUCUGUGGAACACAAAAUAAGAUACUUUGAAAAAUGUUGAAAACCUGUAACCAUUGACUUCUAUAGUAUUUGAUUCUCCUGCUAUGCAAGUCAAUGGUUAAGUUUCUAGUAUUUUUAAAAAUAUUAUUUUUUUGUGUUCAACAGAAUAAGGAAACUCAUAGGUUUAAAACAAUUUGAGGGUAAGUAAAUUAUAAUUUUCGGAUGAACUAUUUUCUAUUUAAAUAGUUGUAGCUCCAUUGAGGCUCUGUGUCAGGGGUUCUGUUAGCUCCAACCCUAAUCAGACACACCUGGGCUAGCUAAUCAAGCUCUUACUAGGCCACAGGUCUCAAUUCCUGGAGGGCCACAGCUCUGCACAGUUUUGCUCCAACUCUAUCAAACACAGCUGAUCCAUAUAAUCUAGGUGUUCAAAAGAGUGAUAAACAGCUUCUUUAGUUGGAUCACAUGUGUUUGAUCAGGGUUGGAGCAAAACUGCAGAGCUGCGGCCAUGCAGGAAUUGAGUUUGAGACCUAUGGGCUUUCUGCUAGGUGUGUUGAGGCAGGUUGGAGCUGAAAUCUUCAGGACUGAGUUUGAGAACCUCUGCUCUAUGAUGUGAAACAAUUGGUCUGUGCAAGAGACUAAUUUCAGAUCUCAGUAGUUGUCGAUCACCAAGGUCUCAGCUAGAGAUGUUGUACUGAAAGGGGACCGAAGUCACCUACAUCUUGAUGGGUCUGAGGUGAGUAAAAUGACAGCAUACUCUCAUUUCUGUGUGAAUUGUCCCUUUUAUCUCCCAAAUUGCUGGAUCGAUUGGAUGAGUUUGGCCUCUAGGUGUCAGUAUAGUAUUAUGCUGGUUUCUCACACAUAUGAGGAAGCACUUGUAGAUCAAAACCAGUAAUAACGUUUUCUAUUCCCUUUUUUGUCUACUACUAGAGUAAACUCUGAUUAUGCUUUUUAAAUACCUUUCCGCUGCACUGUAUUAAAUUCCAUCAAGUUAAUUACGCUUCUGUGUUUUGUAAGCGAUCUCAUACAAGAGCAGAAACUGAGAUGUAGGCAGAAGCAUUCGGAUGUAUAUCUGUAACUGAGUAAUGGACACCAAGUAUGAGUGCGUAAUCAGAGACUCUUCCACGUCAAAGCAGCUCCAGACAUCCUGGAACAUAAAGAAAGCCUCCUCUGCUGCAGCUUUUGUAGCAUCACAGAUCUUUGCACUCAUUAGUUUUAUUAAAGGUGUAUUGAUAAUAAAAAAACAACAACUAUGAAGUCUGUAAUACUGUAGAGAAGUUUGUACAGAUGUGCACAUGAAUUAAAAAAAAAGUUUUACAUGCAAAGUAUUUAUACACGAUGUUAUCCCGAAUAAAGGUUUCUACAAAUUUCGUAGAUGAAA